UUUCUCCGCUCAGAGUCAAGAAAGUAGACGUCUUUUUUAUCCUCGAACCGCACAGUGUGGAAGAGUAACAAGACUGGCUUCAAUCUAGUGUGGACGUCAGAUUAUUUUCACCACAGUGCCAUGGAGUUUCCAGAUCUGGGAGAACAUUGUACGGAGAAGUCCUGCAAGCGUUUGGAUUUCCUGCCUAUGAGAUGUGAUGCAUGUGAAGGGAUUUUUUGCAAAGACCACAUUACCUACGCCAGUCACAAGUGCACUUCAUCCUAUAAAAAGGAUGUUCAGGUACCAGUGUGUCCCCUGUGUAACACACCUAUCCCCAUUAAGAGAGGGGAAAUGCCAGACAUCAAAGUAGGCGAACACAUUGAUCGGGAUUGCAAAUCAGACCCUGCACAGAGGAAAAGAAAGAUCUUUACGAAUAAAUGCUCCAAAAACGGCUGUAAGCAGAAGGAGAUGAUCCGCGUGACGUGUGACCAGUGCCACUUGAAUUUCUGUCUGAAACACAGACAUCCACUGGACCAUGACUGUAAAACUGACAGCAAACCAGUCUCCAAAGCCGGACAUGCUGCUGUAAUGAGAGCCCAGGGAGCUGCCUCUAGCAGUGGCCAGGGUUCCUCCAGCAGAGGGAGCUCUAGAUCUAUUUCCAAUGGUGUGAGUGGAAAUGCUAGAUCUCAGAAUACAAGUGCACAAAUGACUUACACCACACCUCACAUGGUUUCACCAACAACACAGAAUGUAAUUCCCCCAUCUGCAUCCUUUCAGGCUGGACUGACAGAGGAGCAAGCACUUCAGAGAGCACUGGAAAUGUCACUAGCUGAGUCAGCACGGAGCACACAGCCAGCUCUCAGUCCUCAAGAGCAGGAGGAUCUGGCCCUUGCUCAGGCCCUCGCUGCCAGUGAAGAAGAGUACAGACAGCAGCAGAGACAACAGGUAUCCAGAACCCUUAGCAGUCAGUAGCAUGCUAUGCUAACAGGACCACACCUAGAGGGGGAAUUCCAAACAGUCCACAUGUUGCCUGUCUUAAUGUCAGACUACACUGACAAAUCUCAGCCUGCCUCAGACUACGAUUAAUCAGCUCCAGCUGUCUGCCAGGGACCCGCACAUCUCCAGAACAUUCUGUAGUCCAGCACCCCAAUCUCCAGAUUUACCAAAUGAAUACAGCCGAUGAGUCUGAAGUUUUUAAUUACUGUUCUGUGUCAGCAAACUGCAGUACAGACAGUUCUGUCCUUUUUACGAGUGACCCUCUG